GAGGACUGCAAACAGGUCGGUGUUUGCAGUCAUACAUACAGUAAAUAAAAUCCUUUGGUGUGUAUCUGGCCUUCAUGCGCUCCAUGUUCCUCCCUGAAGAGGAGCACAGAGGUGAUGAAGCAGCAGGUUCGAGAGCGCUUCGAGAACAUGCGAUGUGUCCUGAAACAUGACGAGCAGGCUGUCAUCGACUCCCUGGAGCUGGACCUGAAACGGACCAGGACCAAACUGGACCAGGUUCUUAGGGACUGGAAAAAACACCAGGACCAGGUCACUAAGAGCAUCAGCAGCAUCCAGAGAGCGCUGAGCAAGAGCCCGGCGACUGAGCACGACGCGAAGGCCCAGUCUGUGAAUCUGAGUUCUAAGAAGCCCGAGGCCUCUGAGAAGGAAAUCCGACUGGAUGAGGAGAGAUUUGAAAAGCUCCUUAAAAGUUUAUCCUCCCUCUGCAAACUACUGAAAGCUCAGCUACAGAGGAAGACUCUUCUGUUAGAUUCAUCCCCCAUGGUGAUUGACAGGCAGACGUGCCAUAGCCUGGUGACGGUGACCCCAGAGGGGCUGAGCAUGUCCUUCUCAGGCUCUGCCCAUUCAGCCCCGGAGCAUCCCCUUCAGUUUGAUAAGGUCUGCUGCGCCCUGGGCUUGGCUCCUGUCACAGCCGCUCAGAGUUACUGGGAGGUCAACGUCCGCUGCUGCUCUGCCUGGGCUGUGGGCGUGGCUUACGCCAGCCUGGUGAGGAAGGGCCGAGACAAGGGUGCCAAAUUGGGCCGCAACAGGAACUCGUGGUGCGUGGAGCUUCGUAACGGCCAUCUUUCUGCUUGGCACAACGACCGGCGUAUGGUGUGCCAGGGCGGGCAAACGCCGCUGGGAAAGGUUGGAGUGUGGGUGAAUUAUGACAAGGGCCAGCUGAUGUUCUACGACGCGGACACCAUGGUUGUCCUACAGAGGUUCUCUGCAGCCGUGACGCCGGUGUUUGACAGGGCUCAUCAACAUUUCACCGAGCCCCUGUACCCCGCUAUACGCUUCCUGAGACCCCCAGAGAAGCAGAUAUGGCCCAAUCACGUGGAACUCUGUCACCUCAACACUCUGUGAUACUGCAGGCACGCACCACAGACAGGCAUGUGCACUCUAUCUGAAUGUCUUGAGCUAGGAUGGGGCAGAACCACCGCUGUAUAGGAAAGGGGUGCGCUGGAUUUAUAACGAGACAAAACCAGAGCAUCACUGCAAAACAGAAUGCAGCACUAUAAUUGUUUGAUCUCCAUUAUCCUGUUUUCACAAUUGUUGGAAGCCUAAAUAAAAUUUGAUAAAUUGCAUAGCCCUAUGCUCAACCGGGUGCUUCUGCUUGAGGUGGUGAAAGUUUGUUGCAUUGCCCACUUUGCUGUUGUAGUCUGCUUGCACUUCUUACAUAUUACCAUGGUUUGUUGUACACCUGCUCUUAUGUAUCAUUAAAAAUGAUAUGGAUAUAUGAUAGGCGGCACGGUGGUGCAGUGGUUAGCACUGUCGCCUCAUAGCAAGAAGGUUGCCCCGGCCUUUCUAUGUUGAGUUUGCACGUUCUCCCCGUGUUGCGUGGGUUCUCUCCGGGUGCUCCACCGUCCAAAGACAUGCGGACAAGGUUAAUUGGUGACCCUAAAUUGCCUUUAGGUGUGAAUGUGAGCAUGAGUGGU